AUCGCACUUCCACGUGGGCUCCACUUCACAUCCGCGAAGCCACGACAUCGACGCUUCCUUCCUUCCGGCGCAUUCCUACUCCCUCGCCGGCGAUGGCGAGCACCGGCGGAAUCUCUGACCAGCUCUUCGUCUCCGUCAAGCUGGAGAGCCCCCGCCUGGCGGAGCUCGACCUCGCCCCGUACCUCUUCGGCUCCCAUCCCGUCGCCGGCUCAGGGGAUCUCUCGAAAGCCCUACCAAUGGAGCGGGCCUCCGCCGCCGUGUGGGAGCUCAGCUGCGUCGUCCCUUCGCAGCACGAAACGCUGGAUUUCAAGUUUGUGUUGAAGCCAAAUGACGAUAGUUCACGAUGCAUUGCUGAGGAGGGGCCAAACCGAUCACUAGGUUGCAGGAAUAAUGAAGUGGAAAUGAGGGCUGCGGUUUUUAAACUUGAUGAAGAGAAUGAUGUACUUGAGUGCAAGGUUCGGGUUGAGACAGAAAUGUUAUCCCCAUUUGACCUGGCUGCUAGUUGGAGGGCUCAUCAGGAGUAUAUUCAGCCUUCAAGGGUGCGAGGGGACCAUGAUGUUGUAAUGAAUGCUGGAUUGGAAUCCAGUGCGAAGAAUGGUGUCACUUCUGGUCUGGAGCCUGAUUUAGAGAAGUAUGUAGUUCCAACACCAAACAUGGGCUCAGGUGUUGUUUAUGCAGCUAACUUAACUGAAAAUCCACGUUCAUUAUUGCACACUGGGAGUUCCUCAAACAAUGAUACCAAAAAGGGCAAUUUACACAACUCAGUCAAAGGCGAUGCAUCCCCAAAUGACCAUGCUAACACUAUGAAGGAUGCAACUGGAGGACAUGCACCAUCACUGGAAGAACAAAGGGCAGUAUUUGUUGAUAGAGGUGUUGGCUCACCAAAGUUUGCAAGACCAACAAAUCAAACCUUUUCAAUGAGCAACAUCAAGUUGGAUUCUGAAACAAAGCAGGGUAUGCCAGCAGCAGGAGGAGCUGUUGCAGCAGCAGCAGUAGCUGACCAGAUGUAUGGCCCAAAAGAGGACCGCAAGUUGGCCAUCGUGUUGGUUGGGCUGCCAGCUCGUGGUAAGACCUUUACAGCAGCUAAACUUACAAGAUAUCUUCGAUGGUUAGGUCAUGGAACAAAACACUUCAAUGUUGGAAAGUACCGCCGGCUCAAGCAUGGCACUAAUCAGACUGCUGAUUUCUUUCGUGGAGAUAACAGGGAGGGUGUGGAGGCACGUAACGAGGUGGCAGCGUUAGCAAUGGAAGAUAUGCUAUCCUGGAUGCAGGAAGGUGGCCAGGUUGGUAUUUUUGAUGCCACAAACAGCACAAGAAGACGGAGAAACAUGCUGAUGAAAAUGGCUGAAGGAAAAUGUAAGAUCAUAUUUUUGGAAACAAUAUGUAAUGACCAGGAUGUUCUCGAGAGGAAUAUACGCUUGAAAGUUCAGCAAAGUCCUGAUUACGCGGAGCAGACAGAUUUUGAAGCCGGUGUACGAGAUUUCAAAGAGCGAUUGGCCUAUUAUGAAAAGGUCUAUGAACCGGUGGAAGAAGGCUCUUACAUAAAAAUGAUCGACAUGGUUAGUGGGAAUGGGGGCCAACUACAGAUCAACGAUAUAAGUGGUUACUUGCCUGGACGGAUUGUUUUCUUCUUGGUGAACUGUCAUCUGACACCUCGCCCUAUCCUGCUAACAAGACAUGGUGAAAGUUUAGAUAAUGUCAGAGGAAGAAUUGGUGGAGAUUCUUCUUUGAGUGAGGCGGGUGAACUUUAUUCAAGGAAGCUUGCAAGCUUUGUGGAGAAGCGACUGAAGUCUGAGAGGAUUGCCUCUAUAUGGACUAGCACACUCCAGAGGACAAUAUUAACAUCACAUCCGAUCAUUGGCUUUCCAAAGAUACAAUGGCGUGCUCUUGAUGAGAUAAAUGCCGGCGUCUGUGAUGGGAUGACAUAUGAUGAAAUAAAGAAAAUUAAACCUGAAGACUAUGAAUCACGUAGAAAAGACAAGCUGAGGUAUCGUUAUCCGAGAGGAGAAUCUUAUCUUGAUGUCAUCCAAAGAUUAGAACCUGUAAUAAUUGAGCUUGAACGGCAGCGUGCACCAGUUGUAGUCAUAGCUCACCAGGCUGUGUUAAGAGCACUUUAUGCAUAUUUUGCGGACAGACCACUUGAAGAAGUCCCCAAUAUUGAGAUACCUCUACACACAAUAAUUGAGAUACAAAUGGGUGUUGCUGGUGUUCAAGAGAAACGAUACAAACUCAUGGAUGCGGUGAACCCCACUGUGGCGAUAUAAGAAAUGACGCAAGGAGCUCGCCUUCUAAAAGCAAACUGCACAAAUAAAUUUUGUGAUGACAUAAUGUAUCACGACAUGCAAUCAACCAAAAGCUAGAGUCAAAGUGGAGUACUACCCCAUCUGGUUUAGCUCAUAGAUGAUAUGAUUUUCAGAUUUUUGCUAGAUGCUCUUUAUAAUUCAAGGUUCUUCUCGCGCACAUUUGCGCCCAAAAUUGCAAUUUAAGUGGAUUCAGGCGUUCUGAGUUCUGAAUUUGUUUAUUCAGGAUUUAUGACACCAAAGCUACAGUGACAUAGGCAAAUUGAGUGUUCCUUUCAAGAACAUUUUGGUGCGCGCCUGUCUCUUUUCCCACUCAAAUGGGUACAUUCCUUUAUACACUUCCUUUCCAACGUGUAGGGUAUGUUUGGAUUAGAGGACUUUAGAUCUAAAUCCUAAGGAUUAAAUCCAAACUUGAAACAAAAUUCUGGCAUUCCCUUGGUAGGUGCUUUAUAAACUUACAAUCAGGACUUGGUGUAGCGUAGAACUCAACCAAAAAACUGCUGAGUUCGGUACGUGAAAUAUGCAAUUCGUACCUUGCGAACCUGUGAUGCCUUACCGUGUAUUUGUUCUUUGUUGGUGGUACACUGGUACUCAUGUAUGCGUUAUUUAUAUGAUCCGUAUCAAAUGCAGCGUA